CUAUCCGGGUGCCUAACGUUUUCAGGGUAAGUGACCAUUAAGGCAUUCAUCUAUCAAGGUCCUAUCAGGUCUUUUGAAUAUACACAUUUCAGUCAGAGGCUCGCCAUAUAUUCGAUCUCAAGGUUGAUCGAAUCUCCUUGCUUAGUCGCGAUGCAACAAGCCUCUUAUUAUUGGCAUGUUUUGUACCAACGGGAAGUGGCUGAGUUACGUGGCAGUGGAGUGUGGACAUAGGUAUUGCCCCUCUUGAGGUGCGGUAGUAAUGGAGAUCUUACAGUGGCGGAUGUGGCGGUUAAGAAAUAGGAAAACUGCAUUGGAAUUGAAGCCUCGAUUGUCAACCUUUUGUCAACCUUAGAGGCUUAGUUUUGUGCAUAUAUGCACGCUACAGUUUAAGCAAAAGGCGCCUUGUCCUGUCUAGGGAGAAGUUGACUCCCUAUUUAACUCUCCUUGAUAUCUUCUUCAAACAGAAAUGUCAUCCAUGGCUUUCUGUGAGACAAAAUCAAAGAUGCUCAGGAAGUGCGAAUGCUAUUCCCAUGUCGAUAUGACCAUGUUGAAUGAAGAUAAUAAUGUGUAUAUGAAAAAGGGGGUCAAAUUGGGCAGUUUGAUGAUCCCCGAUCCGCAAGAUAUUCUCUGGCCGUUUGACCCGGAAAGCAAAGUCGUCCUAAUGAUCGCCAAAGCUAAUGAGAUCCGCCACUGCGUAUUUUGCCGUGAGACCCUGACCGAGAUACUUCGCAUGCCACGAUUCUGGUGGUCAGAUACGUACAAGAGAAUGAACGGGUACUUUGGAUCUGAGUCUACAAGGAACUCCGAAGGAAUUACUGACAGUUGUUCAACCUGGUCUCGAGCUCUUGUCAAGCAUUUCGAAACGUUACCAAGUUCAGAAGCCAGAUCAGAUAUACAGUAUCGUUGGCUCAAGUUUAACUUAUUUACGCGAUGGGUUACGCCAGGCAAAAUGGCAAUCAUUGCCUUUGACCCUGUUGACGUAAUAAAGGAAUGGCUGACUUCACAAUUCAUGCAAUAUUCAACUGAGGAGGAACUUCAGGAUCCGUAUUGGCCUUAUACACACAUCCUUGAAGAACUUGUGUCCCUCCAUGGGACCUCAGUUUGGAGUCUCCGAAAUUUAAUAAGAACCACAGAACUGUCUCCUUCAAGGGAUCAUAGGAAUCUGAGAAACAAGCCAAGACAUAACUACUCUCGACUACAUGAUAUUGCUCGUCACUCUAUUCACGUCUCUGAAACCUUGGAUCUAUCUGUUAAACUCUCAGAAAGCAUUUUACGAGAACACAAACAAUUGGCGACGCCAAAUUCAGAUAUUGAUCUAGGCCUUACCAUUGAAAGGGUACGUAUGCUUAAACAGGCGUACUCUAAUACUUGUUCUCGACUUGCCUUCUUCAGUAAUGCACUCUCCAGUUUACGCUGUCGUUCGUCCUCCAACCACCAACGAUUACAUAACGAGAUACAAUUAAGGUUCCAUACAGACUCUCAAUUUGAUUCCCAAGCAUCUGUUGAAAUUAAUUACUCGACUAAAUCUGAUAGUACAUCUAUGAGAUGGAUCGCGAUCGUCAGUCUCGUGUUCCUUCCGGCAAACUUGGUGUCAUCGAUUUUUAGCACGACCUUUUUCAAUGGCUCAGAUGAGCCGUUGUCGGUAUCGAGUGAUUUCUGGAUAUACUGGGUUGUAUUGGUUGUGGUCACAGCGAUAACGAUGAUUUUCUGGUUUUAUUUACCACGUCUGUCUCCAGAAGCGGAUAGACGACGUGACAUUUCGACGGUAGACAAGGAAGCAGAGAAGUCGCUCAAAAGUUACAUCCGUGAUACCAACAGACAAGGCACUGAUGAUGAUUUGGGGGCACAUGUAUAAUGGCACAUUAGAGGGGCCUAUUUAGGUAGGGGAAUCCUAAAUGGUAGAUGCUCAACUAAUUAUCUAGGCAAAGGAAGGGGUUGAGGGGAAUAGACCCAGAAAUUUUAUUAUAGAUAGUUUCUUUGCAUUACUAUAGACGAUUUCGAAUGUCCUGUCUUGGAUCUCUAUAUUAGAUCUCUAUAAUGGGUAGAAAGAAUAUUUUAGGAUAACUUCAACACUGA